CCUCGAAUGCGACGGACCGGGCCGCAUGAGACGAAACCGAUCGAAGCUACUGGGCGCCAUCAAUGGCUUCUACGCGGCGGCGCUGGACCGGCUUCCCGUGGAGGCGAUGCCGGCGCUGCUCCCGCGCCUCCUCAAGGCCGGCCUCUGCGUCGGCUUCCUGGACCCCGUCUCCAACAUCGUCGUCAACACCAUCACCUACAAGAAGCGCGUCCCGGUGGUCGCCGGCGGCGAUCCCGACGGCAAGUCGGCGGCGAUCCCGACGCGGCGGCGGCGGCGGAAGGCGCUCUCCCGGAUCGUCGCCGACACCAGCAACGUCGGCGGCUGCGGUCCGAGCCACCGCCUCCUCCGCGACAUGGGCGUCGCCGCGCGGUCGCUCCAGGCGCUCGUCGCCUUCCUCACCAACUACUUCCCCUACCUCCACACCUGUGAGGCGCUGGAGUAUCUCCGGCUGGCCGACGCCGACCUCUCCGUCGCCGUGCGGCUCAUCGAGCAGGACCGCAGCUCUGACGCCUUCAGCUUCGCCUCGCUGACCACCGAGACAGCCCUCACUUGCGCCGCCAUUGCUGGGUGGCACCCAAACCCCAAAUCCCUUGUCGAGAGGUUGUAUUCCAUCGCUUCUCAGAUUGGGGAGGCUUCCAAUCUCCUAAGCAUGGAAGGUUGCCUCUCGUGCAGAGCCGUCAAGAACAUCAGCAGAUUGGUGAAGCACCAGCAACAAGAACCAGUGGACCUUGUUGGAGCUACCUUUCUUCCUCGGUCACUUGAGAUUAAGGAGAAGCAGCCGCCGUUUGUGCGGAUGAAAUCAUUGAAGAGCAUCCUGCUUGACAAGAUCUAUGGAUUGUACCUUGAUGUUAUUGCCUGCCUGCCGAUGGAUGGCUUGCGAAUGCGCUACCACAGGGGGCUCCUCAAGGCCGGCCACUGCUAUGGCCCCUUUGAGAACCCUGUGCACAACAUUGUCCUCAACACAGUUUGGUAUGAGACCAUGUUUCCACCACAAGAGGAGGUUUCAGUGCAGAUGACAUGCUCAAGAAGCCUUGUUCGUGUCGCGUGCCGCUCCCUCAAUGCUCUUGUUGCAUACCUCCGCGCUUGCUUUUGCACAAUCUCUGAACAGCAGGCUAUGCGUUACCUGUUCUUGACGGGCGCCAAUCUUUGGGGAGCGGUUGAAAUGGCAAGGCAAGAAUGCCAUGCUGAGAGAAACAUGUUGGGCCUAGACCUUGCUUGCAUGGUUGCAGCCACCGCAGCACAUCAUCCUGAUCCUGAUGCACUAGUGAAGUUUUUCAUGUCAACCUUUUCCAUGAAGCCCCUUCCCCUGCAGACAGAUCCAUUUAUGUUUCAAACUGGUGGGAUUUUAAAUGUGCAGCUCCUCGUGCACAAUCUGAUGCGAUUCUGCCCCUCUUCCUGUGGUUCAGUUCAGACAGUUCCUGUACUCUCUGAGAGGGCCUCCAUGACUUUGUCGUGCAUUCAGGAAGAGUUCAAGGCUGAGCAAAGUUUUAUUUGUGGGAAGGUUAAUGAUGCACUGAAGAAAUACAACCAGAGGACUAGGGGACUUGAGUAUGAGCUACAUGUUAUCUGUGGCUUGAAUUCACACAUAGUUAAUUAUACUAUGUUUGGCCGACAUUAUGGACCUGGAUAUAGCCGGCAUCGAUCCAAAUCUCAGUAUUCUCACGUCAACUUUUUGGCGAGCCCAAGAGAUUUGCAUUCUUCUCAGACAGUCCCCAUACUUUUUUUUGCUGAGUGCUGCAACAAGGAAGGCGUGAUCGAUGAACUGACCUGCUGUCCAGUCAUGGGGCAUCCUGGUCGUUGUUAUCAUUGUGAGUGUGAAGGGGCUAAGAUUGUCCAUCCAGAUCUAGAGAAGUACAAUGGCCGCACUGACUUUCUGGAAAUGGCUCGCGAUAAAUCAAGUGGCACGACAACUGAAGAUGUUAUCUCUCGUUGCGAGUAUCUUCAUGAUGCUGUGGAUAUAUGUGAGGAGGAUUGCGUCUGUUUUGAUGCCAGUUGGGAUGUCGAGUGUGCAGAGUUCUUGAAUUCCCGUGCUGCUAACAAGAUUAGACUGGAGUAGUACUAACACAGGAGUAUUCUCUGUAAUACCUAUACGCAGUCAUGAGUCAUGGAGUCGAACAAUAUAUCUACUACUCCCUCCGUCCUAUAAUAUAAGAGAUUUUGAGUUUUUACUUGCACUGUUUGAUCACUCGUCUUAUUCAAAAAAUUUUGGAAUUAUUAUUUAUUUUUUUUAAAUUACUUUAUUAUCCAAAGUACUUUAAGCACAACUUUUCGUUCUUUAUAUUUGCACAAAUUUUUUGAAUAAGACGAGUGGUCAAACAAUGUAAGCAAAAACUUAAAAUCUCUUAUAUUAUGGGACGGGGGUAGUAGAUCACUAGAAACCUUGCAUAUGUCAUCUUCAUCUAUAUUAUUAAUUUGUACCGAUGUGGCGAAAUGAAAAGGCACUGGUCUUGUAAUUUUGUUA